AUGGCGCGCUCCUCUACCGAGCUAGAUGUGCUGCCCGCCGUCUCUUCCGGGAAAGAGUAUCACAACAUGUCCUCACGCGAGCUGUCUGCCGGCACCGACGAUGAUCUCCAUGAACAGAAGGGCAUUACUCGCCAUGACCAAGCCGAUAUGUCGAGAAUGGGCAAGGUUCAGGAGCUGAGGAGAAAUUAUCGCCCGCUGUCCGCCAUUGCUUUCACAGUAAUUCUCCAGGGCACGUGGGAAGUGCUGAUGACUGCGACAACCCAAGGUUUGGUUGAUGGCGGUUUGGCUGGCCUGAUCUGGAGCUAUGUGUGGACCUUUGCUGGCUUUAGCUUUGUUAUGGCUUCACUGGCUGAGAUGGCUUCCAUGGCCCCUACUUCCGGAGGUCAAUACCAUUGGGUCUCUGAAUUUGCGCCUGCAAAGUAUCAGCGCUUCCUGAGCUAUUUUACGGGAUGGAUGUCGACCAUGUCAUGGCAGGCCGGAACCGCGUCCGGCCCAUUCCUUGUCGGCACGCUGAUUCAGGGCUGUGCUAUCGUUGCUUAUCCUGACUACUCUCCGACGAAUUACCAAGGCACGCUCAUGGUUAUUGCCGUGGCCAUAAUCGUCUGGAUAUUCAACGUCUACGGUGCUCACGCCAUGCCCAUUCUUCAAAACCUGAUGCUCAUCGUCCACGUCCUUGGAUUCCUCACCAUCAUUAUCGUGCUGUGGGUUUUGUCGCCGCGCAACACUGCUGAGACAGUCUUCACCGUCUUCACCAACGAUGGCGGCUGGAACUCCAUGGGCCUGAGUUUGAUGGUUGGCCAGAUUUCAGCCAUAUAUGCUUGUAUCUGCUCCGACGCUGCCGCUCAUAUGUCCGAGGAGAUUAAGGAUGCCGGUGUCGUCGUUCCCCGUGCCAUGGUUUGGUCAUACGUCAUCAACGGCGGCCUCGGCUUCAUCUUCCUCGUGACAUACUUGUUUAUGAUUACCGACGUGGAGGCUGCACUUGAGGACUGGUAUCCCCACAUCUGGGUCUUCCGCCAGGCCGUCAAUGAUGCUGGCGUCGUGGGUUUGAACGUGAUUCCCACCGUGCUCAUCUUCGCCGGCACCGUCUCCUACAACCUGUCCACCUCGCGCCAAACCUGGUCCUUCGCCCGCGACAAGGGCGUCCCGUUCUCCAACUGGAUCGCUAAGGUCGACCCGAAGCUGGAAGUCCCCAUCAACUCCGUCACCGUCACGACGCUGAUCACCAUCGCACUGUCGCUCAUCAACAUCGGCUCCGACGUCGCCUUCAACGCCAUCAUCUCCCUCAACGUCGUCUCGCUGAUGAUCACCUACAUGACCUCCAUCGGUUGCGUCUUGUGGCGCCGCAUCUACCACCCGGAGACGCUGCCGACCUGCCGCUGGAGCUUGGGCAAGUGGGGCGUGCCCGUCAACAUCUGCGGCUUUCUGUACUCGACUCACGCUUUCUUUUGGUGCUUCUGGCCGAAUGCUACGCCCACGGAUGCCGAAAACUUCAACUGGGCGUCGGUCAUGUUCGUGGCUGUGUUCAUUUUGAGCAGUAUUUAUUAUGUCUUUAAGGGCAGGAAGGCGUACGAAGGCCCAGUUGUGUUGACCGAGGGCUGGAAGGGCGAGUGA